UUGUAAUAACCUCGGAAAUAAAACGGCCUGCCUGCAUGACUCCCUCGACCGAAGCCUCCGAUUUCUUCGGCUUCCGGUUGGAUGAUUCCCGUCCCCGAUCCCAACCCCAUCUUCUACGCCUGCGUCGCCCACGGCACCGCCAUCCUCGCCGAGCUCUCCACCGCCGAUCUCCCCCCGGACCUCGCCGCCCAGUGCCUCGCUGCCCCGCCUCGCUUCCACCGCCACUACUCCCACACCACCGGCGGCCGGAUCUACGCCUUCCUCAUGAUCGACCCCCUUGUCUUCUUCGCCAUCUCCGAUGAGGCUAUCCUCGGCAAGCCCCACACCCUCCUCUUCCUCCGCCGCCUCCGCGAUGCCUUCUCCUCGUCGACCGCCCUCCGACGCCGCGCCACGGCCGUGGGAGGCGACGGCUCCGACUCCCUCCCCCACCUCUGCCUCCAGGAGGAGUUCCUCCCGGAGCUCCGCGGCCUCGUGCACUCAGCCCCCUCCCUGGACGAGGAGCCGCCCCCACCGGCCUCUAGCCCUCAGCCGUCGGAGUUCGACGAGGACCACAAAGCGAGGGAGAAGAAAUGUGGGAAGGGGAAGCGUAAGAUGGUGAUUUCGGCCGGCAAUCGCGACAUUGUUGAUUCCGACCCUGGAAAUGGUGGGUCGAGAAUGGUGCAUAAAGUGUGGCGGCAGCACGUUCGGGCAAUAAUCCUCAUCGAUCUCGUGGUGUGUUGCCUCCUCCUAGGGGUUUGGGUAUCGAUCUGUAAGGGUUUUGAGUGCAUCACCAAUUGAAACCCACUUCGAUUCACUUGCCCCCGAUCUGUGUUCCGUUAUUGAGAGAACAUGGCGUAUGCUGGUGGUCCAGUGAGCUUCUCCAGGACAUACUUCGAGAUGUAUGCUGAAUGUAACGGAGGACUCAUUGCUUAUACUUCGAGGUACAAAUCCCAAGACUGUGAGUUGACCUACAUCUUAAGGUGAAUUAUUUUGCCUUUUGUUGACGUAAUCACAUGCUCCAUUUUUUUUCUUAAGAUAUCAAUUAUUUGAAUAAUUAAUAUCAAUUUAAAAUUGUUUACGAUAA